GACGACUUGUACAUGUACAAUAUUGUAUGUACAUAUCAGUGCACCAUCACUUUAAAGCGAGUUCGAUGUUCCAAUUCGAAUAAUGAAUAAUCGGUGCCAGAUGAUAUUUGUUAUUUUAUUCAUUUGUCAAGAAAUAAACGCAGCUCAGUCAUCAAACAAUGAUUCCAUGAAAUACGAUCUUACUAAUGUUUUAAACGAUGCGAUAUUAAGACUACUCAAAGGUACUUAUUUGUUUGAAAAAUUGGAACCAGAAAUACUCAUACAAGACCCAAAACAUCAAAACAAUGUAUACAAAAUUAAUAAUACCCAAAAACUACAACCAUUUGGAAAUACAAUCAGCUUGAAAAGAAUGUUUACUGUCGGAUUAUCUUCAAAUCGCAGCAAGCUAUUUACCAGGAAUCCGCUAAAUACGAGCACAAUUCGUUGGGAAUUUCCUGAAAAUAAAUUUCACAUGACCUACGAUGAGCUAAAUUACCGCAUAAAAGGAUACGUCCAAGUAGAAGAUCCAUAUUCGUAUUGGAAUGACGAUUACAGUAUAAGCGAAUUUCAUGCAAGAUACCACGAAUACAAGAAUUUAUCGAUUACAGCAAUAAAACCGUUAGCGAACUCAAGUUACAAUGAAAAUAUUUUCUUCAAUACAUCGUAUGACCAUUUGGAGAACCCUGACGGCAUCAAACUGGCAAAGCAUCCUGCAUUAUCUUACGAAGAACAUCUCGAGUUGACACACGUAAUUGGCUUGGAAUUACCAUCCAUAAUGCGCAAUUUUUUCAUCAAUAGUGGCAAUUUCACGCCACUAUUGGACGAAAUAUUCAACCUGAACCCAAAACAGCAUAUCAUUUCAGCCCAUCCUGAUUUUUUGACCAACGAACAAUGGUACUAUUACCACAUACCAGACAUUUAUUACAUAUACCUGAGUUUCCAAAACAUCAUCAUCGAAGGAUUGUCGAAUUUCGAAUCGUACGCGAAUAAUAAACCGAGGAAUUAUGAUCGAUAUGAAUUCGACAACGACGACCACCACGACCUUAUUGUUUACACCCUACAUGUAAAGGAUGUACGAGGAAAUAUGACUUUACAUCCGCAUUUUAAAUAUUCAUACGAGUACGAGUAUUUUAAACUGAACUUCUGCAUUGGUAAUCUUUACAUAUCGUUUGCACCAAAAAAUGAGGAAUUUCACGUCGAGGCACAAGACUACUCCAUCGUCGAAGAUACUCCUCGGUCUCCCACAGUGAUAUCUUCGUGGUUAUCGAAACAUUCAACGACCAUUAUUCAGGUUCUCGAAUCAGAAAUCAUAGAUUUAGUGAAGAUGCCAUCGAAGAUAAGAAAACCAUGUUCGUUGUGCCCACAAGUGCCUAGAAUGGAAUUCAAUUUUCUGGACGUUUUGAAGAAUUUUGUCAACUAAUGACAAGACAAUCCUGAACCUUAACGGAUCAAGGGCAAACUAUCAAAAUAAUUGGCUCAAGUACAUAGUUACCUACAGCAUUUCUACGAGCAAAGACUUACAAUAUUUACCUGGCUACAUAUAACGAGUACCUACAUUUGUUGAAUUUCAAUUCGAAUAUAGGCACCGGUUUUAGAAAAAUUUUCAAUUACUUAUCUGAAUAAUGUCAACUAAAAUUACAAUUAGGUACUUAAUAAAAUAAGAAAAAAAUACCUAAAGUAUCUAACAGGAUUUUUUUUAGCAAAAAUCUCUACUUUUUCACUACUUGAGUUUUUCACUACCUCUCUAAAACCAAAUUUUUGGAAAGCCCUCCCCUCGACCCCCCCCCCUUCGUACGCGUAAAAAAUAAACAAAAUCAAAUUAUUCGCAGAAACGUUUAUUGAAAUUGGAAUAAAAUUUGUAUACUUAUGUACAAAGUAUUUUUUAAUUUCAAUACAUUUUUUUCAAUAAUUUGAAGGUUUUUGUUGCGUUUUUAAAAUUUUAAGUUUUUUUUACACCUUUUCACUACUUUCACUGCUUGUUAGAUACCCUGUAUUUUGAAAAAAAUGACGUUAAAGUUAAUUGGAGAGUUUUGAGACCAAUUUUUAGAAAAUUUUAAAUUUCUAAAAUAUACUCGAAGGUUCCAGAACAGCCUGAAACCACCUGUUAGACUGUAUACAAGCAGUAUUGCAAUAGGAUAGAGGAUGAGAAAUAUUCCUUAAUGAGUGAAAGAUUACCAGUAACCUUAUACGGCUCUUUGUAAUAUCAAGAAGGAACUAUUUACACUUACCCCUUGCUAGCUCUGCAGCUACCACUAUAGUGUCGGAUAUGUCAACAUAAAAACCAACCAAUGUAUUAAUUAGGCUCACUUUUGUGAAAUAAUAACACAUUCGUUAGUUACUCCAAU